AUGGCCCUCUGCAGUAGGACCACAGACCCAGACGAGGCCCUUGGAAGCUUCCUGGACCACAGAAAUCAACAUGAUUUCCAGUGGCAGUAUGGCCUGCAGACAACCACAUGGGUUCAGGCUGCAGCACAGAUGAUGGACUUCCACAUGAUCCUUGGUGUAACAUGGGCCAAGGACAUUAACAGAGAUUCCAGCUGCAGUGGAGCCUUGGACCCAGUCCCCAGCAUGCUGUAUCUCCUCACCCUCUGCAUCCUGACUCUAGGGUGGCCAGAUGCCCCCUGCACACUGGGCUGGAAGGAUGAAGCAGAGUCUGUCCUGGCAAGCCAGGUGUGGCUGGAAGAGCGUGGUGAGCAGGAACACGGGCUCUACAGCCUGCACUGCAUGUUUGACAUCGUGGGUACCCACCUAACACACAGAGAUGUCCGCGUGCUUUCCUUCCUUCUUGUUGAUGUUAUUGAUGACCAUGAACGUGGACUCAUCCGAAAUGGACGUGACUUCUUACUGGCACUGGAGCGUCAUGGCCGCUGUGAGCAGAGUAACUUCCGCCAGGUGCUGCAGCUGCUGCGUAUCAUCACGCGCCAUGACUUGCUGCCCUACGUCACUCUCAAAAAGAGACGGGCUGUGUGCCCUGAUCUUGUGGACAAGUAUCUGGAGGAGACAUCAGUUCGCUAUGUGACCCCCAGAGCCCUCAGUGAUCCAGAGCCGAGGCCUCCCCACUAUCCAGUGGUGUGCUGCCCCACUUCGUGUUCUCAAAUGUGUAGUAAGCGGCCAGCCCAAGGGAGAACCACACUUGGGAGCCAGCGAAAACGCCGGAAGUCAGUGACACCAGACCCGGAGGAAAAGCAGACAUGUGACAUCAGGCUUCGAGUUCGGGCGGAAUACUGCCUGCACGAGACUGCUCUGCAAGGCAAUGUCUUCUCCAAUAAGCAGGACCCACUUGAGCUUGUAUUCUUAUAG